AUGAAGUAUCGGCGGGAAGAUGUCGCGAAUGUCCAUGCGCUCUCUAUGUCGAAAAGGUCCCCAAAUCCUUCCUUUACAGUGAAGGAAGAAAAAGAGGAGGAUGUUUCGUCACCAAAUGCAUCUGUCUCCGUCAGUGGCAUGGACGAAAUUCCGUCUGCUGUCAGCAGGACCAUUCCCCAGGACUUGGUCGUCUCAUCGCCGAGGAAGCGCAAGAGGAAGAGCAAAGAGGAGAUUAUCGUAGGAACUCAUGAGCACUCGUUCACCUCAAGUGUCCCUCAGCAGGCCCAGCCUCUUUACCUACAUGCCAACCUCGGGCGGCUCGAAACGACGUCGUCCUCAUCAUCUGUCUUGGCACCUUCAUCUUCAAGGUCAAGAAUAUGUACCUUGAGUCCAACGGUGCAAUCUACCCAAAAGGCCAAUCGCCCAAGAUUGUCCCGGAGGAAGGAGCGAAGCGGGACGGGCCGCAAGCUGCUCAACAAGGCCAAGAGAAGCGCAGGACGCACCAAGGAGCGAAGAAACGUAAAGCGCGGCACCGUUCAGAGCAGCGACGAUGAGAAGUCGCCAGAGGUUGACCAUAGCGAGGAGGAAGGGGUGAAGAGCGAAUGGAAAGACUUGUUGUGUGGGGUCGUCGAAGAGGGCGUCCAAGACGUAAUUAGGGGUGUUCUUGACGGGGAGCAUCAAAGUGACAACGAUGAGGAAUCCGAAGGCGAUUACCGUUCGCCUGCCAGCUGUGCAAUUCAUCAGGGAUUCGACGACGAGUUGAAGACUCAGUCUGAAGUCGGAGAGGAAGCACGAAACGAAAGCAUCAGGCAGGAGGCCGAAGAGCGAGAAAAGAGAUGUCUCGAUUCAAAGAGGCGCUUAGAACACGGAGGAUACAAAUUGUGGGAUGAUGGCGAGUACGAUAAUGAUGGCGUUGGCGACGGCACACUCUAG